AUGGGCAUGUGUUUCCAGCGUAAACUUCCGCUUGGCUCACAUUGUCCUGUGUCAGCGUAUACAGAUUCAACCAUGUCCAAGUCUCUGAAGAAGAUUGUGGAGGAGAGCCGCGACAAGAACAUCCCUGAGGUGGACAUGUGUGAUCGGGGCAUCUCCAACAUGCUGGACGUCCCGGGACUUUUCACUUUGGGAAACAUCACUCAGCUGGUCCUGAGCCACAACAAACUCAUUGCUGUUCCUCCAAACAUCUCUGAGCUCAAGAACCUGGAGGUGCUCAACUUGUUCAACAACCAGAUAGAAGAGCUGCCGACACAGCUCAGCAGCCUGCAGAAACUCAAGCACCUGAACUUAGGAAUGAACCGCCUGAGCACGUUGCCUCGAGGAUUCGGCUCCUUACCUGCUUUAGAAGUGCUGGACCUCACCUACAACAACCUCAGCCACAGCUCUCUGCCUGGGAACUUCUUCUACCUCACCACUCUGCGAGCUCUCUACCUGAGCGACAACGACUUUGAGGUGCUUCCCGCGGACAUCGGGAAACUGUCCAAGCUGCAGAUUCUGAGUCUGAGGGACAACGACCUGAUGUCACUGCCCAAGGAGAUCGGCGACCUGGUGCAGCUGAAGGAGCUGCACAUCCAGGGCAACAGGCUGACCGUGCUGCCCCCGGAACUCGGGAACCUGGACCUGACCGGACCUAAGCAGGUGUUCAAAGCAGAGAACAACCCCUGGGUCACUCCCAUUGCUGACCAGUUCCAGCUCGGAGUGUCUCACGUCUUCGAGUACGUCCGCUCCGAGACCUACAAGUACCUGUACGGACGACAUAUGCAAGCCAACCCAGAGCCCCCAAAGAAGAACAACGACAAGAGCAAGAAGAUCAGCCGCAAACCACUGGCCACCAGAAACAAAUGA